GCUGAUUUGCACGGUAAAGCAGACUUUGCACCUCCUCCCCGUGCUGCUGACUGUAGUGUCAGACAGCUGAAGUCCUGAUAUGUGGUUCAGGUCGCUGGCGGCGAGUGCCUGCGCUCUCGGUGUCCUCGGAGCUGUCACGCGCAAAUUUGUUCCCACAGCCUUGUUUGACUCCUCUCUCAGGAAAUCCUCUCUGGUGGAACAGAGCGACAUGAAGGUAGAACUGCUGCCCGCGCUCACCGACAACUACAUGUACCUCCUCAUCGAUGAAGACACGAAGGAAGCAGCCAUAGUCGAUCCAGUGGAGCCUCAGAAAGUUGUAGAUGCAGUCAAAAAGCAUGGCGUGAAGCUCAAAACAGUCCUGACAACCCACCAUCACUGGGAUCAUGCAGGAGGUAAUGAGAAGCUGGUGAAGCUCAUGCCGGGACUGACAGUGUACGGCGGAGAUGACCGAGUGGGAGCUUUAACUCAGAAAGUCACUCACUACAACACUUUCAAAGUGGGCUCUCUGAAUGUGAAGUGUCUGUCCACGCCGUGUCACACCAGAGGUCACAUCUGCUAUUUUGUAACUAAAGAAAACAGCACUGAACCCCCAGCAGUGUUUACAGGCGAUACUCUCUUCAUGGCUGGCUGUGGGAAGUUUUUCGAGGGUACCGCUGAUGAGAUGUACAAAAACCUGAUCGAUGUUUUAGGCCGUCUUCCUCCAGAGACGCGUGUAUACUGCGGUCACGAGUACACCAUCAAUAAUCUGAAGUUUGCACGGCAUGUUGAGCCAAAUAACGAGGCCAUCCUGAAAAAGUUAUCAUGGGCUAAGGAAAAAUAUGAUAACGGAGAGCCAACCAUUCCCUCUACGGUGGCGGAGGAGUUCACAUUUAACCCCUUCAUGAGAGUGAGAGAGAAGUCAGUACAAGAGCAUGCUGGGACCAGUGACCCGAUUGAAGCCAUGAGAAGCAUCCGUAAGGAGAAGGACGCCUUUAAAGUCCCGAAGAAUUGAGCUUUGCGAUGCUCAUCAUCACCACUACGCUUAUCUGCUCAUCACUUGACUAACAAUAGCAGGACAUGCAGAAACUAAAAAAAGCAAAAGCACAAUCAUUGAGCUGGUUUGUCACUUCCAUGUCUUUUCUUUAAGGAAGCGUAUCGUCUUCAGUGAGCAAUACACGGGAUUGUUAACCUGUAAAACAAUGUUGUUUAAAACAUUGCUGCAAGCAAUAGAUCAAACAAAGAUGUUCAUGAAUACAUUUAUGCCAUUGAUUCGCAUUUAGAGAAAACGUUUUGUAGGCACAAUUGUAUUUACGUAAGGUUACGCAGGUUUUGUUUUGGACAUUUUCAGAUUUUGGGAAGAUACUGGCCAUGAACCAAUGUGAUGUGGUUAAAUUCUAGUUCUAUUUCGAAAUGUUUGUCUAAAUGUGCAAUUUAUUUUGUAAAUGAAAAGUAAUUAUUUUUAAGAUGUUAUGAACAAAGCGAGGUGUUCAGCAAGAUUAUAUUAUAUAUUCUGAAGUCUCUGAAUGAUUUUGAAUGUAGAAAUGAUUGAACACUGUAGACUGGUUUCAGCUUUUCGCCUUGUUUUAGCUUAUCCAGUUAUUAUUUCAGCUGAACUUGCACUUUUUGUCAUGAAAAAUAACAGAUGUUAUUAAUUAUAAUUAUAGUGCUUGAAAUAAAUAAAGUCUUAAUGUAAACUGA